AGAAAACACACUUUGAAUGAUGAAACAGGAAAAGGAAACAAUCCUUUCUCCUGUCUCUGCUUCUGUGACAAACUAAACAACAAAAUUCUCUCCUCCCCACCACCAUCACCACCUCCACCAUCACCUCCACCACCACAACAUCCUCCUCUCCCUCUCUCUCUCUCUCUCUCUCUCUCUUCUUUACUCUUUCCCUCACUCCUCUCUCAUAUGCCUAUACCAUAUGUCCCAACCUCCAACUUCAAUCCCACCACCACCACAACCACAACCACAACCACAACCACCGUCACACCUUCCCCUCCUUCCUUUCUCCGCCACCACCACCACCACGCCCACCAGCAGCAACCGCGAAUAUCGUAAGGGCAACUGGACAAUCCAAGAAACCCUAACUCUUAUCACCGCCAAAAAACUAGACGACGAGCGCCGUUCCAAACCCACCGUUCCUUCAACCUCUAAACCCGGCGAGCUCCGGUGGAAAUGGGUAGAGAACUACUGUUGGGCCCAUGGUUGCUACCGUAGCCAGAACCAAUGCAAUGACAAAUGGGAUAAUCUCCUCCGCGACUACAAAAAAGUCCGGGAAUAUCAAUCAAGAUCCGACGGCUCUGAUUCUUUCCCUUCUUAUUGGACGAUGGAAAGACACCAGCGAAAGUACUAUAAUCUCCCUUCCAACAUGUCUCUUGAAGUCUUUGAGGCUCUCAAUCAAGUUGUUCAAAGAAGAUACACUAACAUUACGCAACAAAACGUCGUAGUAUCACCCCAACAGCAACAGCAACAGCAAGUUACAGUUGUUGCUGAUGUUCCAGUUUCUCCGGUGACCCUCCGGGAAGUAGUGCCGGAGGCUUUGAUGGAUCGGCCGGCGUUAUCAGAAGGAUCAGAAUCAUCUGCAACGGAGUCAAGCGAUAAACAUGACAGCGGCGGCUCUAAACGAAGGAGAAUGAAGAACAAUAAUAUUGGUGCAAGCAUCAAGCACAGUGCUUCAAUCUUAGCUCAAACGAUCAGAAACUGUGAAGAGAAGAAAGAGAAACGACAUCAAGAACUGAUGGAGUUUGAACAACGCAGGCUUCAGCUUGAAGAAACCAGAAACGAAGUGAAUCGACAAGGAAUGGCCAAUCUUGCUAUGGCUGUUACCAACCUUUCCAGUGCUAUUCAGUCACUUAUAUCAGGUCACCAAACAUGAGAUCAUAUUUUAUUAAACCUUAUUUAAUAAUUUAUUAUGUUCAGAUUAAUUAUUUCAGACUCCGCCAUUCUUUUGGAUAUAUAUUAGUAAUUAAUUAUUGGCAAUGUGAAACCUUAUGAUCUUGAUUAAUUACGUAA